AUGUACUGGUAACUUACUUCCAUGUCAACUUUUAUCUAAGAUUCCAGUGCCUUCUUCCUGGAGAGUGUUGCAAAGCCACACAGCAGAAAAGGGAGUUUACUGAUUAUGCAGCCCUGUUAGCAUUACUUGAGUCCAAAUGUUGGCUUAGAUGGUGUUUUCAGAACCCGUAAGUGGAUGUUUAUGUCUGCAAAUGGAAGCACUGAGUAGCUAGACUUGCAGGGCCAAUGCGGGGGAGGCAGUCCUGGGGUGGUGGUUUGCUCAAACAUUGGCAUUUGGUUGCAUGAGCUGUUUUCCAGUGCUUCGCGGCUAGCUUGCCACAGUCUCUAAGCCAGUUGUAUUUGCUGCUCUCCACCUGGUGUGAAUACUAACACAUGAUGGGGAAAGGAAACAUGGUGGAGGUGGCACGCGAGAGGACUCGGGACAGUGGAGAAGGAUGGCCACAGCCUCUUGUGUGCGGAUGCUGUGGGGUGCUCCACCAGAGAAAGUGGUGGGCCUUGAGGAGCCCCGCGGAGACUGGGGGGCCUGCAGAGCUAUUGGUCCCACACUCUCCCCCCACCCGCGUGCAGUUGCCCUUGGAUUGUAUUGCAUUCUCAUGAAAUGUGGGUACAACCAAUUGUUUGGGUGCUUUCGGGGCGUGCCACUCCUUCCUUUGCCUGUGGUCAGCAUUAUCUGGGUCCACACAAUACUAGUCCAUGUCUCCCGCUCUCCUCUUGUGAAAACCUCACUCGAUCGGAUAAUACCUCUGACUGGCUGCUUGACACUAGGUAGACGAGCUGACCUCAUCACCCAGACUGGAUAUUAAUAUCAUCAUUACCCAAAGAUGACAAGGAGUUAGGGAUGGGGGCCAUCGCUGCCAAGAUGCACUCUGGCUUCUGGAAGCAAAAGUCGUCAACUGAUAACCUAACAUAAUGCGAGCCACUUGACUAGUCUGGGUUCAUCCUUUUCUCAGGUAUGCCAUGGUUCGCGCACUUCAGAGAAAGUGGGCAGCCGAGUAGCCUCUCCACAGAAUACGAAGCAAACCAAACAGUGGUUUCUAUUCAUGUGUGUUUACACCUGUGGUGAUUUCGAAUCGUUCCUGUCAGAAUGUACCUGCUUUCUAAAAUGUGUUUUUUAAAUGCAAGUUUCACACUUAGGAACGGGGGGAGGGGAGAUGAACAUAAUAUAACUAAGCCAGAGAAAUGGGCUCCUAUAAUUGACAUAGAAACGGGCUGUGGAUAUCGCUGUCAGAAAUUGAGCCUGACCUUGAACUUGAUGGUAGUGAGCCCAAGCCUCGGAACUGGGUGUGUCCCUUCCCCUCCUGUUUUGCUAGUGCCCUGCGUGUUCUGGGCCCAGAUGGGAACGGGACUUCCUGGAGGGCACAGACCAUGGUCCCACCUCACAUUGUUUGUCACCCAGAGAGGACCCUGAGGCCCAGAAAGGGGCAGAGACUGCCCCGGGCCCCACAGCAAGGGAGCAGGAAAGCCUUUCAAAACCCAGCGUCCUGACUCCUAGGCCAGCUCUUAGUUCUGUAGACUGUCUGAAGCCUCCUUAGGUCUCUUCUGCUGUCUGUCACCCAACUGUGUUUGCACCCACGUUAGGAAUUCUCAAACGUCGGGACCCUUUCCAGGGGGGAUUCCCACACCUGCUUCUUUACCGCAUGCCAGGCUCUCUUCCAGGAACUGGGUAUUCAGCCUGGGGCUCAUGUUCUAGUGGCGGGGAUACUGGACAGAGAAACAGUCAACGUUACUUUGUGACCAUGACAACGUUUCAUUCCACCCGGCAGUUAUUACCACAGUGGCCUGGUUUCCCUCUGCCAGGACCUGGGUGGGGUCCUAGAGGAAGACGGCACCACAAGCUACCAUUCGGUGGGCUUACCGUGUGGCAGCACCUGUUCUAAGGGCAUUACAGGUAUCAAGCCCUUGAUCUUCAUCACAAGCCUAUGGGCAGAGGCAAUUAUCACCAUCUCUCUUUUACAGAUAGGGAAACUGCACAGAGAGGUUGAGUAAUUUACCCAAGGUCACAUAGCUAAUCAGUGGCAAAGCUGGGAUUCAAACCCAAACCGUUGGGUGCCAGAGUCCGUGUUUUAACUGCUCGGCUACUAUUCUGCCUCUCAGGAUGGCACAGAAGGUGAAGUCCAGACCCCACCAAGUUCCAGGAAGGCCCAACAGCCAGUCCGGGGUCCACCCUAGGUCCUCCCCACUAAGGCCGCAGACGGUAAUAUGGGGGCCCUGGGACGCGUGAACCAGCGUCGGGACACAGCAAAGGAGGGGAAGAGUUCGGUUCUCUCCACAGUCCCAUCACCAAGGGGUGAACAACAGCCCUGUGUCUAGGUCGUUUGGGAAGCGCCUUGGAGAGUCAAGAAUAAAAUUGCAGGUCAAACAAUGGAUGACUGGAAAAGUCGGCUUGUAAUCAAGAGCAUGGUUCCCCAUUUCGCCAUGGUGGGAAAUCGUCAGGAGCCCAGAAAGCUCCAGGAAUCGGGAACCAUUAAAAGGAGACAGGAAGGAGAUAAUUUCCAGUUUCCAGGCAUGAGUGAUGGGGGUUACCCUAAUAAAAUCAAGAGGCCUUGCCUGGAAGACGUGACCCUUUCUAUGGGCCCGGCUACCCACCCCAGCACGUCCUGUGCGGAGCUGCAGGUCCCUCCACUAACGAUGAACCCUAGUCCCGCGGCUGUGGGAGUAGCAGGCCAUCCGUUACCACUCGAAACAAAUCCCAUGAAUGGCAGCGUCAUGGGCUCACCGUUCGUGGUGCCGCCGGCCGGAGAAGUAGGAGUGAAAGAGCCCACGGUCCCCUAUUACGACAAAGCGAACAGCGUGCCGGCUGUGGACCAGGAACUUCAAGAUCUCCUGGAGGAGCUAACAAAAAUUCAAGAACCUUCUCCGAAUGAGCUAGAUCUCGAGAAGAUCCUGGGGAGCAAGCCGGACGAACCGCUGGUCCUGGAACACCCGCAGGUGAGCCUGAGUACGACUCCCAAGCCGCCGGUUCAGAUGCCGCACCUGGAGAGCCUUGGCGCCAGCAAGGACUUUGCUUCUAGCUGCAGCCAGCACCCCGGCGCCUCGCUGCAAGUCCCGCUCUCCCCGGCGGGGAUCAGCUACGUGAUUCCGUCCACCAGUAAGCGGGUGGCCUCACCCAGCCCUUCGGCGGCCCAGGCCAAGGGCCAGGUCCAGGGGGCGCUCUCCGUCCCUUUGCCCCCACUCCCGGGGCCUCAGUGGCAUCACGCCCACCAGCUGAAGGUGCUGGCGGCCAGCAAGCAGGGGUCCGCGACCAGGCAGCCGGGGACCACCCCCAGCUGGUCUGGCCUGCCGCCUCCGGGCGUGUCCCCGUCGUACCGCCCAGUGCCGUCGCCGCACCCGCCGCCGCCGCCGCCGCAGUUCAGCUCGCAGAGCCUCAUGGUGUCCUGCAUGGCGUCCAGCAACUUGCCGGCGAGCACUUUCCAAGCCUCCCCCAAUGCCUUACUCGCCAGCAUGGCGUCCGGCGGCAGCGCCGCCGCCGUGGGGCCCGCCAUGCUCUACACUCCGGAGAAGCUCCCCAGCCCCGCCCUCAGUCAGCCCCCGCCGUUCAGCCCGCAGAGCUCCAUUCUGGCCAACCUGGUGUCCUCGAGCGUCAAGAGCCCUCCGGGACACCUGCUGUCUGCUCUGCCCAGCAGCAACCCGGGGCCAUCCCCGCCCUACCGGCCGGAGAAGCUCUCCAGCCCGGGCUUGCCACAGCAGUCCUUCACCCCGCAGUGCUCCACCCCGCAGUGCUCCCUGAUCCGGAGCCUCACCCCCUCCGGCAACCCGCUCACGCAGCCGCCGCCGCCGCCCCAGCAGUCAGCAAGCACCAUCUUCAAGCCCAUGACCACCAACUCACCCAAAACCCUGAGCAUGAUCAUGCAGCAGGGGCUCGCCAGCUCCAGCCAGGGAGUCCCAGAGCCAUUUAAUUUUGGCAACACCAAGCCGCUGUCGCAUUUUGUUUCCGAGCCGGGCCCCCAGAAGAUGCCCUCCAUGCCGGCCACCUCGAGGCAGCCGUCCUUGCUCCACUACCUGCAGCAGCCGGCGUCUUCUGCCACCGCCUCGACCACCGCCACUGCCACGUUGCAGCAGCAGCAGCAGCCUGACCCCUCCUCGUUCCUCCUGCAGCAGAUAAUGCAGCAGCCCCAGCGCUUUCAGCGGUCGGUGGCCCCGGACUCCCUGCCUUCUCUGCCCAGACAGCAAGAGAAGCAGAGAUCAGGUCUUACGGCAAUGACCCCUGAACAGCGGAGUGCAUAUAUUGCCCAACAGAUGAGUCAGUUUCAAGCCGUCCAAGAACAAGUCACCUCCAAGUAUAGCCAGACCAAGGCAAGCCCCCCAUCUAGUCAGCCCAUGAUGCCACCCGCAGCUGGACUCCUUCAGAAUAACCCGAAUCCAGCAAUGAUCCCACCCACUGGGCCCCAGAGCCACAAGGGCAGGGGCAUGGCCUCUCUGACUCCCGGCAAGCAACAAGGAAUUUUCAACUGUAACCCUCCGUUUCCCAUAUGCUUGAGCUCAGGCCAGAAACCCCUGGGCAGCCAGCACCCACAGAUUUCCAAGGCCUCCCGCUCAGGAGCACCCCUGCCUGGGUUCUGUCCCAGAGCCCUGGGCAGCCAGCUCCCAAGGCCCCACCAGCUCAGACAGCCCCAUGUGCCAAAAAUGCCCCCAGUGUUCGACGAUGCCAGAAGGGUGGCGUCGGUGGCGGCAGCGGCGGCUGCGGCGGGGACCACAGCGGUCUCGAGGGAGCUCUCCAUGAGCCACGUAGAUGACAGCAUCCAGCCGCACUUUGAUAGCAACUCGAUCUUCACCAAGGCACCUGCCAGAGCUCCCCUGGCAGCGCCCACACUUCCAUCACAGCAGACAGUUGUGCCCCCCAAUCAGGUGGCCCCAGGAGGUAGGCCUGGCCAGAAGGUGAGUGCCGCUCUGGGCAACCAGAGCCUCAGGCAGAGCCCGGUGCAGGGUCCCGUGCCUGUGCUCAGUGCCGCCAAGUCCCGCCAGCAGGGCAUGGCCAGCUUUGGUCCCAUGAGUCCCAUACAGGGCAUGGAGCCACCAAGCUAUGUGGCCGCCGCCGUCGCCUCUGCCAUCGCUGCCAGCAAGUCCCCAGGUCCAUUUGGCAGAAUGGGUGCCCCUCCUAAGCUGCCCCCCUAUGACUUUUUGCCCCGGCCCCAGCCCCCACUAAAGGGUCUGCUCUCAGCCCCUGACUGCAGUGAGGUGAAUUUCACUGAAGCUCUCCAGAGGGGCUGGGUGUGCAACCUGAGGCUCGUCGAUGACAUAGUGGAAGGGCACGCCGCCACCGCCACUGCCCAGAGCGCUGGGGGCUUGAAGUGCCCACAGAAACCCCCACGCCCACACCACUUUAGGCAGUGGCAUGGAGCCAUAGCAAAUUCACAGCCGGCCCCACAGCCACACCGUUGUUUCCUCCCCACGACUUGAGUGGCAUCCGUCUGUGCUCAUCCCUUUCUCUACCUGUGACAAAAUGGAAAGCUGGUGAUUUUUUUCAAGCUACCUGUACAUAUUUGAAAAUUUUGUAAAUGGUUUUCCUAAACGUUAAUGACAGAAGUAUUUAUACUUCAUUUUGUGACUUUGUAAAUAAAGUGACGGCUUUUGUUUCAGUAGAGCUGUGUUUAUUAUGCAUUGUUUGUGUUGAUUAUACAUUGUUGCAAAUAUGCAGGCUGUGUUCUUUGCUCCAGCGCUCCCUUGUGAAGCCCCAGUGCUACCUUAGAAGCCAGGUGGUUGAGUUGCUUACAAUUUUGGUGCAGUGACACGUGGAUGUGACCAAGAGGCAUUGUACAAACUGACAAAUGCCAAAUAGAAACCCCUUGGCCAUUUAUUGCCAUUUUCACUAAAAAUGCUGUUGUCUUGUGUGAUUCUUAAACUCUUUUGCAAACCUGUCAGUCUCCACUGGCUCUUAAGUGAUGCGCAUAUUACAGCAAGCUGUACAAGUGUCCUGCAGGGGAAAUUUGCCAGGAGGCUAAGGGUCCUGCAGAUUUGGGAGGGGUGUAGAGAGGGCCUGUGAGCUGAACACUGGCUGCGCUGUCCACCCUGAGGACCCAGAGUGUCCUCCCUUUAUCAUUCAGACAGAGAAACCCCCAGGCUCCCACUUCUCCAAUGGCACUUUGCAGGGUGGAGGUGAGAAGUUCCUGGUUUAAAGCCUUUCAGUAUUUGUUUUCAUGUAAGGUCUGUGGUUGGGGGGGGUGGGGGGGGAGUCUGUAAACAUUAAUAGUUGACUUGGGGUUUGUCUUUGAUGGUUUUUAUCUGCAAUUAUCGUCAUGUAUAUUUAAGUGUCUGUUAUAGAAAACCCACACCCACUGUCCUGUAAACUUUUCCUCAUUGCCCAGAAUUGUGUAAUCACGUUUUAAUUGCCACUUCCUAUUUUGCCUCUACAUUUGAAAUCUGGCGUCUGUUUCAAGCCAGUGCGUUUUUUCUUUGUACUGUAAUAAACAGCCAGGAGAAAAA